GUGAGCUGGCAGAGCUUCGCAGGCGGGUGCUGCGACGGCUGCUCUUGCAGAGGGUAUUGAAAAAGCCUGACCUGGAACCAGGAGGUUGGCUCCAUGUAUCCAGAAUCCACCACGGACUCUCCGGCUAGAUUCUCAAACAGGCAGACGGGCUCCCCAGGCAUGAUUUACAGUGCUCGCUACGGGAGUCCCAAACGACAGCUCCAGUUUUACAGAAACCUUGGAAAGUCGGGACUGCGAGUUUCCUGCCUCGGCUUAGGAACAUGGGUGACAUUUGGAGGACAGAUUACAGACGAGAUGGCAGAGCAGCUGAUGACCCUGGCGUACGAUAACGGCAUUAACCUUUUUGACACGGCUGAAGUCUACGCGGCUGGAAAGGCUGAAGUCGUGUUAGGGAAUAUCAUCAAGAAGAAAGGAUGGAGACGUUCCAGCCUGGUGAUAACAACCAAAAUCUUCUGGGGAGGAAAAGCCGAGACAGAGAGAGGACUUUCGAGAAAGCACAUCAUAGAAGGUCUGAAGGCUUCCUUAGAACGGCUGCAGCUCGAGUAUGUGGACGUGGUGUUUGCCAAUCGACCAGACCCCAAUACACCCAUGGAAGAGACGGUACGAGCGAUGACCCAUGUCAUCAACCAGGGAAUGGCCAUGUACUGGGGGACGUCACGCUGGAGCUCGAUGGAGAUUAUGGAAGCUUAUUCGGUGGCCCGACAGUUUAACCUUAUCCCACCCAUCUGCGAACAAGCUGAGUACCACAUGUUCCAGAGAGAGAAAGUGGAGGUGCAGCUCCCGGAGCUUUUCCACAAGAUCGGCGUAGGUGCCAUGACGUGGUCCCCGUUAGCAUGUGGAAUUGUGUCAGGGAAAUACGACGGUGGGAUUCCGCCAUACUCACGAGCAUCACUCAAAGGCUACCAGUGGUUGAAAGACAAGAUUUUGAGUGAAGAAGGGAGACGGCAACAAGCCAAGCUGAAGGAACUGCAAGCCAUUGCAGAACGUCUGGGCUGCACCCUGCCUCAGCUUGCCAUUGCCUGGUGUUUGAGAAACGAAGGGGUCAGCUCGGUUCUUCUGGGAGCUUCCAAUGCAGACCAGCUAAUGGAAAAUAUUGGAGCAAUACAGGUUCUUCCAAAACUGUCCUCUUCCAUUAUCCAUGAGAUUGACAGUAUUUUGGGCAAUAAACCCUACAGCAAAAAGGACUACCGAUCAUAAUCGGGGAAUCCCGUCCACCUGGACUUUUCCUCCCGAACUCCUCGCCUCUCCCGUUUGCUUGCUUAAGCUUUAUUGAAGCCGAGUGAAGAGUACGGUUCGCAUCCAAGAAACUACAGCAAGCCCAAGUUGGUCUAGAGAAACCGUUUCGAAACGUCACAAGACAACCAUAGGCUUCUUUAACUUAACUUUUAAUUUUUGAAUGCAAGAAAUGCUGCAGGUUGGGAAAGGCCAUGGAGGGACUUAAUGUUGAGCCCAGCUUCCUUUUGAAAGGAAAAACAACUCUAACCAUCUUUCUCUCUUUCUUGCUUUCUUUCUCUUUCUCUCUCUCUCUCUCCCUUGGCUGUUCUUUUCUUCCAACAAAGACGCAUACGCACAGAGAGGAUGUCACAGGGUUUAAAGUAUCUGUUUUCUUCUUGCAGUUUGGCUAGUCAGAGCCGGCACCUAUUUUAUUUUUACUUUAUUUUCAGAUGGGCAGAGGUAAAGCGAUGCUUCAAUAAAACAUUCAGGCCCUAGCAGUCAGAUUAGAAGAGCUCCAGGGUGAAUGUGCCUUGGACAGCCUCCUAAGCAUGCUAGAAACAGCGUUUGGGGCCAAUGGCACGCCUCCUCCCCAGCCACGUCCCUUUCUUCGAUUUCAAAUUUUUAAUGUUUAGGACUGAAAUGGAUUCAAAGUGAAUCGGACAAGACCUCUGGUGAGUAGCAGUGGAAAGUUGCGAUCCACGUAUCUACAAAGGUCCCAUGGACCAUGCUAUGAGGCGUCCCGUAGAUCUCUUAGCAAAACAUUUUGCGUUUUCUCCAGUGCCUAAGCGAGGCCUCGCAGGGCACAGCAGUGGAGUGUACCAGGUGUUUGCAGUGCCCCUUGGCCUUGAUCCCCGCCAUGGGGAGAGUGUUCUCUUCUUCAGCCAGAUGAGCAUGACAGCAGAAAGCCACUGGCGGGGUUGAGACGGGGAGAUCAGAACGGCUUGCAGCGCAGAUCUGAGCGUGGCUGGCAGAAGGGCGUUGUUCCGCAGGGCAUCCUUGCUCCCCCAUCUUCUUCACCAUGACCAGCCUACUCCAGAGAGGCCUCCCCUGCCUCAUCUCGAACCCCCUUCAGCCCGCCCUGUUCAGGUCUCCCUCGAACCAUUCCACAGCCUUUACUGAUGUGCUUUUGAGAAUGGCUUGACAGCAAACUCCCCACUCCAGUGAGCCCUGAAGCCAGGCUGCUGUGUGUUUUCAAACCGAGGCUUUACAAGGAUGUCCUCCUCCCAAUCAAGCCCCAGUGAGCAGGAAGCGACUGGAAAGGGAUCACGCCGUUGGCCUGCAUGGUCUUUCUCACUCAAGGUACCGCUGAAGCUGCACAGGGAGCUGGUGCAGAGAGCCGGGCGGCUCCUGUGUAGGUGCCAGUAUCGCGUGGAUUGUGCCUUAGUUGGAAACCAGACAGGACUUACCUUUGUGGGGGGAGUUCUACCCCACCCCGAAGUUCUGGUCUGAAAUGUUGCAUCUUGUCCAGGGUGUGCGUAUGUGUGUCUGUCGUUCUGUCCGUUGACCUGUGGCAACCACAACAUGGCAAGUAAUAACCAAUGGGGAAAAGAUCCCAAUCUAUUGGUUUUUGAUACUUGGAAAUCAAGAGAAUCCCCACGCUACACAUUGCACCAGAUGUCAUGCCUUCCUUCCUGUCUCCCAGUCAAGUCGUCCUAGCAAUUGUGGCUCAGUGGCCCAAAUGACACACAGUGCAGCAGCAGACCCAGGUUUGCCCCUGAGCACACGCUCCGCAAGCCCAUGUUUGUCACCUUCACACAUGAAUGCUUUUGAAAUAUGCACCUCGGAUACCUUCAGCAUCUGCAAAUGAAUGUGUGGAGCAUCCUGCGCUCUCAUGAAAGGACUUCUGCAGACUGAUGGCUUCAUCAUGCAGUUGGAAAGGUACAGCAAAUGCAGGAUGGCGGCUUGUGAUAUGCCGCUGCGUCCCACUUCCGCUUUUGAUUUUUAAAAAAAAAAACCAAUUUAGCAGGUUUUCGUUUCACAAACCUGCCAACUCUGUUUGAUCUGCAGAUGCCAAAAGCAACGCGCUAUGGGAAACGAUACCUCUCUCGAUCCAUUUUUUUUCAGCUCUCUUACAAACCGUUGUGUUAUUAACAGGUAUGAGUUUUGUAUUCCCUGUGAUGCUCCGAUUAACGCCUGUGAAUGAAAAGAGCCAUGCCGCA